GGCGCGCGGACGGGCCAGAGCUGAUCGGAGGGAGACACGGAGAUCGGUCAGUCGCUGGUCGUCGGUCGUGGUUGGUCGGCGCUGUGGUUCGGUAAGUGGAGAGCGUGUUCGCGGUAGCCCAGGUCGACUGGACCGGAGAGUCUCGAGGCAGGUCCCGAGAUGUUCCACCUGAAGCGCGCGGCACGAUCCGCGGCCCUGAAGCAGGCCCUGCAGGGUGCCGAGGCUCAGAUUGCCCUGGCGCGCUGCGUCGUCCCCGCGACCCUGCAGACGCGCGGCUACGCCGACCACCAGAUCCCCGAUCGACUCGUCGACGUCCGCACCUCCGGGAACCCCAGGUUCUUCGACAUGGUCGAGUACUUCUUCCACCGGGCGUGCCAGAUCGUCGAGGACAAGCUCGUCGAGGACAUUGGCAAGGGCUCCAAGACGAGCAUCGAGGACCGCAAGAAGAAGGUCAAAGGCAUCCUCAUGCUUAUGCAACCCUGCGACCACAUCCUGGAGACCACCUUCCCUCUGAGACGCGACUCCGGGGACUACGAGAUGAUCACUGGGUACCGUGCUCAGCACUCCACGCAUCGGACACCCUGCAAGGGAGGUAUUCGUUUCUCCAUGGACGUGUCCCGGGACGAGGUGAAAGCCUUGUCCGCUUUGAUGACUUUUAAGUGCGCCUGCGUGGACGUACCUUUCGGAGGCGCCAAGGCCGGCAUUAAAAUCAACCCCAAAGCGUACUCCGAGCACGAGCUCGAGAAGAUCACCAGGAGGUUCACUCUGGAAAUGGCCAAGAAAGGAUUCAUCGGACCCGGCGUCGAUGUGCCCGCUCCCGACAUGGGAACCGGGGAACGGGAGAUGUCCUGGAUCGCGGAUACAUACGCGAAGACAAUAGGCCACUUGGACAUCAAUGCACACGCGUGUGUCACGGGGAAACCGAUCAAUCAAGGUGGCAUCCACGGGCGAAUUUCCGCCACGGGUCGCGGUGUCUUCCACGGGCUGGAGAACUUCAUUAACGAGGCUAAUUACAUGAGCAUAAUCGGCACUACACCUGGCUGGGGUGGCAAGACCUUCAUCGUUCAAGGCUUUGGUAAUGUCGGAUUGCACUCGAUGCGUUAUCUGCAUCGCGCCGGUGCCACUUGUAUCGGGGUUAUCGAACACGACGGAUCUAUCUACAAUCCCGAGGGCAUUGACCCCAAGAAACUGGAGGAUUACCGCAUUGAAACCGGCAGUAUCGUCGGCUUUCCGGGUGCCAAGCCAUACGAAGGCGAGAACCUUAUGUACGAGUCGUGCGACAUUUUCAUUCCCGCCGCUAUUGAGAAGGUCAUCACUAAGGAAAACGCUGGACUCAUCAAGGCGAAGAUCAUCGCCGAGGCUGCCAACGGACCUACAACCCCUGCCGCUGAUGAGAUUCUCAUUAAGAGGAACAUCCUCGUCAUCCCUGAUCUCUACAUCAACGCCGGUGGUGUCACGGUGUCGUUCUUCGAGUGGCUCAAGAAUCUUAAUCACGUGUCUUAUGGACGUCUCACGUUUAAGUACGAGAGAGAGUCCAACCUUCACCUGCUGGAAUCGGUUCAAGAAUCUUUGGAACGCAGAUUUGGCCGCGUGGGGGGUCGCAUUCCAGUGACGCCAUCCGAAGCUUUCCAAAAGCGUAUCGCCGGCGCUUCCGAAAAGGACAUUGUUCAUUCCGGCCUGGACUACACCAUGGAGCGAUCUGCAAGGGCCAUCAUGAAGACUGCCAUGAAAUUCGACCUCGGUCUCGACCUGAGGACGGCCGCUUACGCCAACUCGAUUGAGAAGAUCUUCACUACGUACUCCGAGGCUGGUCUCGCUUUCUAAAUGCUAGUCAUAGUCAAGUUACGAGGAAAAGGAAAAGGGAAAUAUAUAUACACACUCGCGAAGGAAGAUCAUGAAUGAAACUAUGUGCGACGAUUCGACGGUGUGGUACGCCAGUAUUUCGAAGCCCUCACUAAGCCACACUCCAUAACUGCUGGUGCAGAGUUCGGUGAUCAGUUCGAAGACCAAACCUCCCGAUGUAGAUGCAGGCACUCUUCAUCUUACUUAUUUUCUCCUCCUAGGCGAGAGUCUCGGUAUGGUCUUACGACGUGCCUAAUUUAAAGACAGCGUACACGCACGGUAUGCGUACCGUGCGUGUUAUAGCAGCAACGGAUUCUAACUUAAUAUCCGUACAGCGAUCGCGACUAAACGCGUAAGAGUCUUAUACAAAUGCAGCGCAUUUUUAUAUUUCACUUUUUAUCGGUAUAUCACUUCGUUUAAGGAACGCGAUGUAUGACCACGUACGAUCGGUAAUUGCACAUUUUAAUUGUAACCCUGUGGUGACGUGCACUCUCGCUGUACCUCGUUGUAACUAAUUGAAAGUGAAUCCUAUACACAGAUGUUAUUUAAAACACGCGCGUUUGUACCGACCGACGGAAUGCCAUGUAUUAUACUAGCAAAAACGUUGUUAUGCAGCUGGAGAAUUAUGUUAAUAAACAUAUACUCGUAAAUCGAGUACGCCUUUCGCCAGA